AUGGGAAAAACAAAUAAAAAUAGGAUCAAAACAGGGAUUUCUUACAGAUCACUGCAUCUCCUUAUAAGCGCCAACGAGACAGUGAAGGAAAAGCGAGAAGCAGAACAGUUGCCAGCAUUAGAUAACGAUACCCAGUGCCUUAUGUCUACCGGAAAGGUACACAUUUUGAACGCAGACUACUCAAGGUAUGGUGUUUCAGUGUAUGAUAAGUUAUACGGGUACAGCUCUUCUGCUGCAAGCACGAUUGAGGAGGAAGAUAAGGGCAGUGGAGACGGGUUCAAGAAAAGAUACAUGUCAUUAAUGCAAGGUUCGAGCCAGUGGAAGAGUAGAAAGCUGAAGCAGAAGAAGAAUGCUCCGAAAGCUAGUGCCAAGGCAAAGGCUUUUCUUGUAAGACUGCAUAGCGAGAAGCGGAGACACGAAGUUGACUUUGCCGACAUUAACUGCUUACCGGAAGAAAUAAUCUGUAGGAUAAUAGCUAAUUUGAAUGACGCAGAUUCUCAGCGUAACUGUCUGUUAGUGUCUCAGGAAUGGUCUGAAUGUGCUAAACGAAUUAUUUACAAGGAUGUCAAGUUUACGAGCACGUAUCGUGUCGGUCAGUUUGUCACAACUUUGAGAGAAAAUCCUCAAUAUGGGAAAUAUGUGGAGUCAUUAGAUUUGUCACAGUUGAAAAAUGGAUUUAUCAAUGACGAAUCAUCUACUCUUGAGAACGAUGUUUCACAAAGUUCUUACGGAUUUGAACCACCUGAUAUUGCAUACGCAGGCUGGAGAGAUUGGAGGUAUAGAAAAAAUUCUUUGUAUGGAUCAGAGAUGUUGAGUAGUAUACACAGAAGUCGAACGAGAAGGAGUAGCGAUGCUUCGUCCAUGAACUCCAGUGUGUUUUCACAUAACUAUAAUCGAACUAGAUCUAGUUCAGUGACGUCUCUAGUUUCAAGAUCAACGCAAACUGCUGCCGGUAGUAAAAACGUCGUGAAGAGGAUUCGAAAGCUUUUUUCCAAUUCUUUCAGAGGAAAGGGACAACAAAAGACACAUUUGCAUCAGAACAAUGGUAGUGGAUUAUCAACACUUGAAUUGAAAGAUGAGCAGUUUGCUGCAGGUACCGAUUCCUGUAGUCUCAGGCGAAGCCAUUUACCUUUCACUAACAAAUUUUUCCUAAAAUAUGCGCAUCUCCGCGACUUACCGCUUGGUUAUAUUAUACAUUUAUUGACGUUAUGUGUGAACCUUAAAAGCAUUAAUCUAUCUAAUUUGAGCCUCUCCCCUGAUUUUGAAAUUGAGGAACUGGAAUACAAGAGAAAUGGUUAUGUCAGUUUCUUUCCGGAAGAAACAGAAGAAGAAAAUCUAAACGGUUUGAAUACUUUUAAUGGAGACAGAGAGUUAACCCCCAAAUUCUUUUCGGAUAGUGACAAACCAUACCAUUAUUACAAGGACACACAAUAUGAGUCGAUCAUAUGGAAACUCGAUUCAUCAAGAGACAACAAUAUGUUCACCAAUAGACGAAGAUCUCGCAAAAAGUUUCAGUUGAAAAUCUUAACAAAUGACGACUUAUGCGAAGCAAUUCUAUCGCUGAAGCAUAUGAAGCAUUUAAACGUAGGGAAUGUUGUGUGGUUAAUGCAAAGGGACAUGAAAAGGCUCAUUGUCCACAGCAUGGAAAGUUGCAUAAUCGAGGAUCGUUGUCUUGACAAAAUCUAUAUGAAUUUCGAGGGGAGUGGAUUACAAACUAACUUACCACUUGCUGGUCAAGGCCUAUUGAAAGCGAUGGUACUAUUACAGGUGAUAACUGAUAUGACAAAUAACUGCAGCGAUGAUCAGAUACUAGAAUGGUUCGAAUUAAGGUGGAUACCAACCUUUCGGAGAGUAUCCCAACCCGCAGACCUAGUGUAUCUAGCGCGGGCCUGUGAUCAACUACACUACGUGAUACAAAGUGAGGAAUCACCAACAUAUACUCGUGUUGGGGAAGUGCUAAUAACGGAAUCUCAUACCGGACACUACAAAUAUGAGAUAUCAAGAAACGUUAACAAUGUCUACCUAACGAUCCAGAUUGAAAAUGGGAAACCGGACACCAUUACAGACGUUAAAUUGAAAGAGUGCUCCGAUAGGCUUUUAGAAAGGGUCUCUAACCUCAGGAAGAAUCAGCUAUUACAACACACAGGAGAGAAUUUCUUCUCUACCGCAGGUCUAGCAUAG